UCAGUUCCAGCAUCCCUCCCCAUUACACAACCGUCCAAGUUUUCGUUAGGUCUCUUUAGCAGCUACUCUGCUCUUCUUCAGACCAUGACGGACAAACACCAAAACGACCACAUGGACGAAGAAGGAGACGAUUUCAAAACCCCACAACCUCUCGAGAAGAAGAAGAAAAGAAAGAAGACAACGACGACGAAGAAGACAACAACAACAAUCGAAACAGGAUCAAUCGACAUCACCUCCGUAAAAACAAUCUCCGAGAAACCCGAUCGAAUCUCUCCGAUCGUUGCCUACUUCGCCUCGGGGUACGAUCCUUCUUCGCAACCCAGAGAAGCUCCGAAGGUUACGGUUUACAAGAACGCCUCGAAGAAGAGGACGGAGGUUGUUGUGAGCCCGCCCGGGUCGAACGUGGAGUUCGUGGGUUCGAGUCACGCCGGUGGGCAAGUCGCUAGGCAGACUUGUGUCUACACGUUGGGUGUUUUGGAUAAAGAGACUCAGACUCUGAGGAUUCUCCCCAUUGCUCACCAGAAGGUGUUGAGAUUAGAGACGAGAGUUAAAGCUAAAGAGACAGUUGAUUCAGAAGGUGGGGAGGCUGGUGAAGAAGAAGAAGCUGACCCUAGACGCCGCACUUUCUGGACCAAGCGAGCUAUUUUAGAUGAUAAGAAGAGGAGUGCUAGAGUUCUAAGAGACGAUGACCCCGAGGCACAGAAGACGCUUGAAAAUAAACUCGACAAAUUGGAUGUCAACAUUAGUGCUCUCGAAGGCACCAAUGCACUUGUUGCACGCAACAUUCCACCUCACAACGCCUCCGCGACAAACCCGAGAGACGCUUAUCCUAUAGAACAGAUCAUCGAAAAGGGAGAGUGGGGCUCCCUUCAGGACGUUUACCGGCUUCUUCAACAAGAAGCUGGAGCAGCGGCGGCGACCGACGCUUACCCCGCUUUUGUCCGUAACCGGUUGUUCAGGUUGCGUGACAACAAGGAUGAGACUGAGAAGGAGACGGUUGCUGGUAUCUUGACGUUGCUAACACAUCUGAUAAAGUUCAAGGACGUGAACUCGAUGGUGGGUGUUGAUUCGGCUAGGAAGCACCAUUUUCCGGGGAUGAUCCGUGAUAAAUGUAAUAGGCUGUUCAAGGAUUCUGACACGGGCGGCAGGAGGAUACCUGAUGACAAGGUCAACCUUCUGAUAAGCUACGUUCUUGUGCUCAGCCUUCACGUGGAUAAGUUCAAGACCGACUUUGAAGACAUUGCAAAGGAUCUGAGGAUGAGCUCGAUGGAUGUGAGGAGGCAUUUUGAGAACCUUGGGUGUAAAUUCUCGGUUGAGAACUCGAUUCGUUUUGCGACGUUGCCGGUUCCUCUCCAGUUCCCGCAGAUAACGCGGAGGAGGAAGAGACAACGAUAGAUGGAGAGAGAGAAGGGUUGUGCUGUUUGGUCAUUUUUGCUGUGGAGGAUGUGAUUUUAAGUUAAAUGUUUCUUUUGUUUAAUGACUUCGGUCGUACUGAUAAGUGUUUAACCAUUGCCACCAUAAAGGAACUUAAAGACUAUUAGCGCUGUU